GAGUGAAUGCGCCAUCCAUCACAGGGGGCCCUACUUUGUUGCGUUCGGCAACAACAUUCCACUUGGCUCCGCCGUGGAUGGUCUCUUUUGCGCUCUUUUCGCCGCCUUCAACAACAUCGCUCAGACCCUGCUGGGAAAAUCGGUGUGUGGUUGUUGAGAUUGGCAGGCAUGGCAACAACUGAAGCCUCCCGUCUAGAUCGGAGUGAUGUUUGCAAGCAUUUACCUGCCCGUCCAGGCACUGAUGCUUAUCCUCGGAGCGCAGCAGGGACCAGGACACGUUGCUCUUGCCAUCGGCCUCAUUGCUGUCGGCCAGCUUAUAACCAUUGGGGUGACGCUGAACAUCGUCUGGUUGCCCUAUUUCUGGAAUGUCCUAAAGAGACAAGCCUCUUCAGGAGCAGAGGCGGCGCCGCGCAUCGUCGCACCUGCGAUUGCGAUCUCAUUGGCCGCCACUGUCCCGGUCCUGCUCCCUACCUUUGCAAUCAAUGCGGCCCACCCCAUUUGGAUAUGGGGCAACUUCGCCUUUCAGCUCUUUCCCGUUCUCCUCCUUCCAGUCGUUCAAGCGACUGCGCAGGCCCGCGGCAAGGAGGCCAAUCCAUCGUACAGGCCCUAUGUGUCACUCUUGCGCAGUCUUGCCAUCUUUGCUGGCGUCCUGUGGUGGGUGGGCAUUCUCCAAGCCCUCCUCGACUACGAUCUGCCCUACGCAAAGGAGGUAGCGGGGAUGGAGAAAAGCCCUGCCCUCAUGUCGCCACUGCUCUCCAAGACACUCGGCAUUCCUCAUCUCCCUCUGCGACUCCGUCCGACCCUCGCGGCAGAGUUCAACGAAGGAGCAAGGUUUCUUCUCGCGGAUAUGGUUGCGAUUGUUGUUGCAGUGGGCGCUGCGACUGCAUUGCACAACGAGAAGCUUGGCUCAAGGGGAGAUAAGCCGGCACGUGCCAGUGUCUUCUCGCUGCUGGGAGGACCUGGUGCUUGGUUCAUGUCGUACUGGGCUUCUGUGUUCGAGCAUGAAGCUAGCUCGACCAAGACCAAGAAGCAGAGAUGAUCCCACACAUGAUUUCCGAGGCUACUGUAUGUUGUGAUCAAAGACUUAGUAUUUCUGGAAUGACGAAACCCUAUUUUGCAUU